CGCUCAAGCUCUGUUUUCCCUUCCCAUGCCUCUCGCAUGGUCAUCGUCCUCGUCCUCGAUUCCGUCUGGUGCUUCUGCGUGCAGCCCAUGUCGUGAUUAAUCGCUUAAUUACCUGAGUUCUGUAUAUUACUUCCUUUGAGAAUUUUGCUCAUUGGUUACCAAAUGCAAGCCCAGGCACCGUUUCAGUGUGCAUGGUGGUUGCUUGGUUGCGUUUUGUGUGUGUGUGUGUGUGUGUUGUUUUUGCAAGUUUUGGGAGUUGAUUGCCUGAUUAGGGUUUGAAUGAGGGAGUGCUGGUGACGAAGCGGAGAGGGGGGGAAAAGGAGCUGCGGCAUGGGAAUGGGAGGGGAGAAUGGUGAGGAGAGGGGUGCGCUGGUGUUGGUGGAGCGGAAUCUCGAUGAGGGAGUGGGCACGAUGAAGUCGACGGUUCGGAAUGCGGAGAAGCUGGCGAUGGUGCUGGGAGACAUGGUGGUGGAUAUUGCGGGCGCAAUUGGAUGCCGCGGGAAGCAGCCGCUCACAGAGCGAUUGGAGGGGGCGGUGACAUCGCACGCCCCGCGCUUGCAACAGGCCGUGCAUCGGGUCGGUGCGGAUGUCUUGCAGUGGAUGCAUCAGGGUGGAUUUUGGAGAACACUGCUCGUUGUGUCGGUAGGACUGAUAUCUGUCACAGCAUUGACUGGCUUAACGGCACUUUUGAUGGUUGUUCUGGUGGCAACGGUUAACGCGGUGAUCAUCGGGUUCCUUAUGUCCCUAUCAGCGGUCGGUGCAUUCCUGGCAAUGUUCUGUACAUCACUCACAGUCAUCUACAUUGGAGCACUAGCUGCAACGGCUUUUGCCAUAGGAAGCGCUGUAGUUGUUACUUCAUGCACGGUGCUCUUUUUUACAGGAUGGAUACUCUUCGCGUGGGCAAUCUGCGAAGUGAUGAAGAAGAGCUUAAAUUUUGCGAGAAAUACUCUUACUGGUGUUUCGAAAAGACAGGAAGCUGUUAUUGCAUGACGAAAGACUUCAGCUCAUCAGACUUUCAUGACGUUUGACACACUAAGGCACUUCAGAUUUGCUGAUGAGUAGAUGGCAAUUCUAGGUGCCGAAAAAGAUUCAUGACUUGUCUCAACAUAUAGAAUAGAAAGCAGACAGUAACACUGAGUACAUAACAGACUGUAAACAUAGUAUGACUAGAAACAAGUAGGGAUUUUCGUUCUUUUCUUUUUCUUUUUCUUUCUUGCUUUCUCCCUUCUUCCAUAUUUUUAGGUUGCUUUUUUUAGGUCUUUUCUUUCUUUCUUUCUUUUCUUUGAUAUGUUUGCUUCAUGUGACAGUAACUGACAACCGGCUUCGAUACUGUACAGAAUUCAGAUCCAGAAAAUUGGAGUUUUACAUGUUCUUGUGCACAUAUAACAUGAAAAUUAUAUCUGGGGCAGUUGAGUGAAACCGCGGUCACAAAUUCUCUGUAGCGCUGUUUGAAUUUCUGUGUAGUUUCAACCUAGUCAAUCAAAUAGCGCACGUCUUUGUUGAACCAUGGAUGUUAUGUUCACUUGUUCGAUUAUACAUGAUGGUGCUUUUCUUGA